AUGGUUCGCACAAACAUCGUGGGCACGGUACCUACCCCUUUAGCCUUCCUUUUCCCAAACAGUGCUUUCACUGUGUUUUGUGACAAAUCAAAUGGGAAUCCCCUCAAAGAGAGCCUGGUUCAACUGAGAUGUCACUUUACGUGGAAGUUGCUAGUUGAAGACACCGAACUGUCUGAUUUGGAAAACAGGAUCUUGGAUGAGACUGAUUUCCUAGACACCAAAUACAACGUGGGGAUCCACAACCUGCUGGCCUAUGUGAAGCACCUGGCGGGCCACAACCAGGAAGCCCUGGGGAGCCUGCAGGAGGCUGAAGGCUUAAUCCAGCAGGAACGUGCCACCCAAUCAGAUGUGAGACUUCUGGUCACGUGGGGCAACUACGCCUGGCUGUACUACCACAUGGGCAGACCCGAAGAAGCCCAGGCUUACCUGAACAAGGUGGAGAACACCUGCAAGGAGUUCGGGGCUCCCUCCCGCUACAGGAUGGAGUGUCCCCAGAUGGACUAUGAGGAGGGAUGGGCCUUGCUGAAAUGUGGAGAAAAGAGCUAUGAACGGGCCAAGGCCUGCUUUGAGAAGGCUCUGGCAGUGGACCCAGAAAACCCUGAAUUUAGCACCGGGUAUGCGAUCACCACCUACCGCCUGGACGUCUUUAACAAAGCAACACAGGUUAGUGAGGCAUUCUGUCUGCAGCCCCUGAAAAAGGCCAUCAGGCUAAAUCCAGAAGAUGCAUAUAUUAAGGCUCUCCUUGCCCUGAAGCUUCAGGACAUAGGCCAAGAAGCUGAAGGAGAAAAGCACAUUGAAGAAGCACUGACCAACACGUCCUCGCAGACCUACGUCUUCCGAUACGCCGCCAAGUUUUACCGAAGAAAAGGCUCUCUGGACAAAGCUCUUCAGCUCUUAAAAAUGGCCCUGCGGGCCACCCCCUCCUCUGCCUUCCUGCACUACCAGAUAGGGCUUUGCUACAGGGCACAAAUGAUCGAAAUAAAGAGAGGUGCCAACUGGAAGCCCAGAGGACACGUUAGAGAAAAUGUCCACAGAUUGAUUCACUCGGCUAUAGAUGAAUUUCAAAAGGCUUUGACGAUAAGGCCCACAUUUGAGUUGGUUUAUGAUGUACUGGCUGACAUGUAUGCAGAAUUAGGCCAAUACACAAAGGCUGAGGACACUUUUCAGAAAGUGCUGUGCAUGAAGAACAUCAAUGAUCAUCUACAGCAAAGGAUUCAUUACUGCUAUGGCCAUUUCCAAGAAGUUUACAAGAUAUCUGUAGAUAAAGCAAUCACCCAUUAUUUAGAAGGUCUCAAAAUCAAAAGAGCCUCCCACAACAGGGAAAAGAUUCUCGCUGCCUUAGAGAAGCUGGCUAAAAGAUGGGUUCAACAGAAUGUACGUAUGGUGGAAAGUUUGAGCAUCCUUGGGUUCAUCCACAAAUUGAAAGGGGAAGUGAGUGAAGCCUUGAGUUAUGAGAAGGCUCUCAGGCUGGCUGCUGACUUCAACACCGUGGUUUGA